AUGGGGAAGAGGAAGUCGAGGACCUCCAAGCUGAUGGCGGAGCCAAAGAAGGCGCCGAAGCUGGACACCGACUUCACCUGCCCCUUCUGCAACCACCGGCGCGCCGUCCAGUGCUGCAUCUUCCUCAAGGAACGCCAUCCGUUCGCCGUGGUGUCCUGCGUCGUCUGCAAGGAGACCUACGCCACCAAGGCCAACGCGCUGACGGAGCCCAUCGACGUCUACAGCGAGUGGAUCGACUCCUGCGAGGAAGCCAACGAGGGCGUCGUCGUCCGCCGCCCGCGCCUCAGCGAAGCUAGGAGCUAG